AUGCCGUGGGAUUUCGGUGUACUCAGCUUUAUUUGCGGCGCCAUCAAGUUAUCGUGGAUCAUAUACGAGAAGGGGUUCACGGAGGAGAAGUCGCUGCGUUUGUCCUCCCCAGCCACCCCACCCACGUUCCGCGCUAACCGUAUUGUCUUAGCGCGACGGUAUCUCGAGUUUGGUGACGCGUUGUUCCGGCUGCACUGGAGUCUCAACACCAUCGAAUCCAUCGUCAGAACCGCGAACACCGGCUUAGAAAACGAAAGGCUCGAGAGCUAUGGACCCGAGUUAUAUGAUACCACAGCGCUGAUCGAUAUCGUGGGCAACUUCCGCUUGACGCUGGAACAGUGUCAGAAGUUGCUCAAUGACGUCAGCAAAUUUCGUACUGGCAAAGACGGCUUCAUCACCAACAUCAUCUACAACCUGAAUACGGAUGCGCAGGUCAGAGAUUUGACUGAGCGUUUGAAAUAUCACAGCGUCAAGAUUGGUCUCGUUCUCGACGCCUGCGGAAUCUCCACAAUGAACAACACCAAGAUCUGGCGGAGCGAAUUCAGGAGCUGA